UCUCUCUCUCUAGAAUUUGAGUUCUUCUUAAAAUUAGGGUUUCUCUUUAAUCUAAUCUUAAAUUCCGUUUGAUUUAAUCCAAGAUCCAUUUUUGGGUGUUCUAAUCUCAGAUUUUGAUUUGGGUGAAAGAUGGAGACAUCAAGUGAAGGAGGUACUCAUGAUGCAAGUGAUUCACCUAUUGAUCUUAAUCUUCCAUUGCCAGUAAGAAUGAAUGGUAGGGAAAGUCAGCAUCUUUCGAUACGUAACCCCUCAAAGCAACUUCCUUCCCAAGAUGGAGUCGAUGGAAGUGCAGGAGACAAAAUUGGAUCACCUUCUCUUAGAUUGAGAAAGGGAAUUGAUCAAACAUCAAAAGGAGGUGAUGCAAAUCUAAGAAAACAUAGUAGGUGGGAUUUGCAGGAAGAUGUUGCAAAUGUUGCAAAGUGUCAUAAAACUCAAAAAGUGCGAUUGAUGACCGAAUUGUUGAGUGGAAAAUUCAAUGAGGGAAGAAGUUCUAUGAACGCUAAACUAAUUUCAGUGAAUAAUAUGCCCAUGGAGCUAAAUAGAGGUGCAUCACCUAUGGAUAAGGGUAAGAGGAUGGCGGUUUCUCCCUCAGAAAAUGGAUAUCAAGACAAGUUACGUCAAACUCUAAGAAGCUUCACAAAUGCUCAAAAACAUGUUAAUAAUGACCCAACUCAAAGAAAUAACAUUCCAUAUUGGCCGACUAUACUGAAGGACAGUAAAAGUUGUGAGCCUCUCAAGGUCAAUGGGGUUGGAUCAAGUGGAUCUUUACUGAAAGAAGUAAUUUCGACUGGAAGACAAUCAAAUUUGGUUCAAUUAGAUCAAUCCAGGAAAAAUAGUUUCAUCAACAUCAACUCAAUCAUUGGCCUGAAUUAUAACUCAAUACUACAAAUAAAUCAACAACCUUUAAAGUUUUCAGAAAAAAAAGCAUCAACUUAUAUGCCACCACCAACUAAUACGAGGAUAUUCAGUAAUUGGCAUAAAGUGAAUUUUCCCCAAACCCAAAAUGGAGUAUUUCCAUGGGGAAAUUUAGGAUCAACCAAUUUGAAUACAUCUUAUGCUAGUGAUGGAUUGCUCAGAAGUAAUACUUCAACCAUACAAGUGAAGGAUCAAACAACACAACUUUCAAAUUCAGUGCAAGUUUCUUCUCCUGUUACCCCCAGAUGGGGGUCGCACAAUGUUGAAAUAUCAAGUCCUAUGAAAUUUCCUAUUGCGCAGGACACAACUUUUCAACCUUACCAUCUAGCUGAAAAUCAUAAAUUUGGAAAAGUUGUUAUUAGCCCAGUUCAAAAAGGAAAGACUAUAAGUGACCUUAAAAGUACGAAUUCAAUGAGAGAUAAGGACAAGAGCAUCAAAGGUUUGAGGUCUUUGAAUAUUUUCUCCAAUGAGGGAAUGUUAGCAACACAAAAAAGACCUUUUACCCCUUGCAACAUCCACCCACCUUUUCUCUACAAUGGAUCAUUCUUGCCUCAUCAUCGGUUGAAGGAAUCCUCUGGUUUUCAUACGAGUAAUGUUCCUGAAAUUCAAAGCUCUCGACAACAUGUUUCUUGCUCUAAGGAUCAAAGCAUAACUCUUGGACCCCAACAGAAGAAAAGAAAGGCUCAUGCACUUGAAAAACUUGACAUAAGAGAAUUACAACAGUCUACAUCUUCAAGUGGCAUUCUGCACACUACUAGAAGUUCUGGUUCAAAAAUUAAUAUGAUGCAGAAUGAUAAUAUUUCUAAAACAUUAGACAUGAGGAGCUCUUACACCCCUGCAACUAUAUUGCCUGUCAUUAGAAUUUCUAAAGAGAAUCCUCCUUGUCUUUUUAAUCAAAGUCCUGGUGAUAUUGCGGAUGCUGAUGAUGAAAGGUAUUUCAGAACUACUGAGGAUCAAACAACUCGCAACAAGAGUGCUUUGCGAGAAAACUAGGAUUGAAGUAAAGUCGGAUGAAUGAGAGAGGCAAAGAAGAAAGGAUAGGCAGGGGAGAGUGCCAAUUGGGAGGAGUGUCAGUUGUUCAUUUGAAAUAUUAAUUCUUCUAGAGAUAAUAGUUAUCAAUUCAACUAUUGUCAUCAAAACAUAUAUAUUUGC